GAGGUACUGGGGAUUGAACCCAGGACCUCAUGUAUGCUAAGCUGUGCUCUACCACCUAAAACAAUCUUUUUAAAACCAAAAUCUAACCUAAAAUUAUUGAUUCUAUUGUUAGUAUUAAAAGAUGGAAAUUCAACUUUAUGCAAGUGGACUUUAUUCCAGCACUUCCCUGACGCCCAGUAAAACUGUAAUGUCCCUGUGAAAUCUGCUGUGACUACAUUAUUACAGUCAAAGGUAAAAGGUAAUGGCAGUUUAAUAAAGGAGCUGGAUGCACUCCUAUUCAGAAAGAGGGCGUGUGUUGGUGUGGGACCUGUUGGUGUGUAAUACUUUAUUCUUCUUAAGUUCCAUGAAAAAAAACCCAGCUAAGUACAGAUGCACUUUACUCAGUAUAUUUAAAGUUCUAAGGAAAAUAUAUAAGUUGACUAUGUUUUAAAUGUGUUAGGGGAAUUUCUCAUUAAAGGAAUCUUAUAGUGAAUUUUUAAGAGCAAAUGAUUCCUUUUUCAUCUUUAUUUUCAGUUUUGCCCCUGGCAUACAGGUAGCAUUUAAGAAAGCUAUGCCUGUGAGGUUGCAUGGUCAUUAACUGGUUUGUAAUUUCUCCCACACAUAUUUGAAUAUUGUGGUGUUUCAGUGUUUCCUAAACUUCAUAUUUGCAUGCCCCUUCACAAUCUUCAUUAUAUCUAUGUUCCACCUGUGUUGCUGUUUACUCACUAUUCUUCUUCAAGUCAAUCCACAUUUUUUGCUCAAAUUUGUUUGCUUUUAAAAGAGACUUUGCAUCACUACUCUAAAUGUGAAAACAGAAUAAUUCACAAUAAAUGGACAUUAACAGUAAAAUAUUAUUAGAUUCUAGCCAGAUACUAUUGCUUGUUGAAGACUUCCAUCUGAGGAGGAUUAGAAAGCAUUCUGGUAGCGUGGAAAACACAGUCUUACCAGACUAAAGAUAUGUCUUUGUAAUCACAAGGACUGAAAGAGGAUUGAAAGGAAAUAACUUUCUCUCAAGACUAAAGAGGAAAUGAUGGACAAUAGAAGCUACUCCAAUCUGCCAGACAGACUGCCUGUCUUCACUGAUUCUGCCCACCUGCCCCUGGCCAGGUCCUUCUAUCUGGACCCCAUGGUCAUGUUCCACCUGUACCCUGAGGGCCCAGUGCCGUCCCCUUUCUCUGAAGACCUGCCAUUGCUGCCUUUUUCCAGUGACUCCCUGAUCGUGGAAAAUUACGGUGAACCCUGUGCCUUCUCCUUCCCAGUGCCUUAUCCAAAUUACAGAAGGUGCGAUUAUUCCUAUGGGCCGGCCUUUAUCCGGAAAAGGAAUGAGCGGGAAAGGCAGCGGGUGAAAUGUGUCAAUGAAGGCUACGCCCAGCUCCGACAUCACCUGCCAGAGGAGUACUUGGAGAAGCGACUCAGCAAAGUGGAAACCCUCAGAGCCGCGAUCAAGUACAUCCAUUACCUGCAGUCCCUCCUCUGCCCUGAUGAGGCUGAGACGAAGAAUAACCCCAGGAAAGUUUCCUCCAUGAUGGCAACCACCAGCCACCACACUGAUCCCAUUUUUAGAAUCAUUUGAUUCUGUGUUUCCAAACGGAAACAGUUUCACAAAAUGUGGUCCCUUACAUCAUUAAUAGUUUUCCUAAUGUCUUCUGUGUGGGCAGAUAAUAGUUCAAAUGCUAAGCUAUGCUGCAUAUUUCUUACCUGGCUCUCAGAUGUACUAUACAUUAUCUGAUGUAGAUUGAGAAAAUGCUUUUUAAGUUUUGGUGAUUUCUUUAAAGAACUUUAGAGGAGCAGGAGCCCCAAAUCUCUAUACCUCUAACCUUGCUCUUCUCACACAGAAUCUCAGCUGUGAGAAACUCUCACAAAAGUUAUGUAAAGUACGACCGAUGACUAUUCACUGCGUGUAAUGCACUUUGCAAACACUUCUUAUUAAGCAAUCACAAUGAACCUCCCUU